GUUUUGUUUUGUAGGGAGGAGUUUCUGUGAAUGUAUUCGAAAACAUUGAGAGCCUCGAACAAAUCACAUCAUACCAAAGCCAUUGCCAUUGUCCAAAUCGAACAAGACCCACUUCCAAUCAAUUCCUCCAGAAUCUCACUCUCUUCAUUCUUUUGUUUUUAUUAAUAAUACCCCUCUCUUUAAUUCCUUUUUCUCGCCCACCAAACACAAAGCCACCACCAAAACGAAUUCUUUGAAAUCGUUAAUCACCAACCAACUCAACCCCUACUGUUUCUUCACCGAUUCUUGCUUGUGAUUGUCGUGGUUUUUUUUUUGGAAAAGAAUAAAGAAGUUUCGUGAUUUGUGGGGUCUUGAUUACAUGCACCAUGUGGGGCACGUGAAACAAAGGAGAGUGUUAGUGUCACAGUGAGAGAGCCAAAAGGCAGGUGGUGGUGUUCGCGAAGAUGAUGUUAGGCCAGGUGGUGAAGGUUCAAAAAGAGAGGAUAGCGGCAUGCAUGACUUGUCCUCUUUGCAACAAGCUCUUUAGAGAAGCCACUACUAUCUCUGAGUGCCUCCAUACUUUUUGCAGAAAAUGCAUAUACAUGAAGAUAACUGAUGAGGAGUUGGAUAGUUGUCCAGUUUGUGAUAUUAAAUUAGGUUGUUCUCCACUUGAGAAGCUCAGGGCAGACCACAGCUUGCAAGAUUUAAGGGCCAGAAUCUUCCCUUCCAAAAGGAAAAAGGCCAGGGAACCUGCAACAGUUUCCUCAGUCCCAGAAGAUGUGCCCUCAGUCCCAGAAGCUGUGAUGGCAGUCCCAGAAGCUGUGCCAGUCCAAGAAUCUGAGCACUCGGUUCCAUUGAUAGGCAGAAGAAAGGAGAGAUCUCUCUCUUCAUUGGUAGUCAGCACACCUAAGAUAUCUGUCAAGUCUGUUCUGACAGGAAAAAGAUCAAAAUCUGUAGCUAGAAAACGAGAAUCUCCCAUUCCUGUUGAGGAACAGAUUAAGAAAAUGGAUGAUUACUAUGAGAGUUUAAGCUCUCCCGAGACUCUAAGAAAAAUUGCACAAACUAAAAGGCAGGAAAUUAUUGUCCAAAUAAAGAAGCUUGACGCCCAGGAGGAAGAAGCUCAAGCACUCAAAACCAGCAUUAAGGAGCAUGGUGAUAAAUCAAAAGUUAUCGGUGCAGAAUCUAACUCAACUUCAUCACCUUCAGGUUCAGUGAAACCUAGAAGGCUGCAAGCCAUGCGACAAAAAAGAGAGGGGUUUAAUAUCCCAGCACAGGCUGCUGUUGAUGCAAACAGUAAAUGUGAUAGAAGAUUUAGUCCAAUUUGGUUGUCAUUAGUUGCUUCUGAUGAGCAGGAAGGAGUUGCGCCCUUGCCACAGAUAUCUUCUUGCUACUUGAGGGUUAAGGAUGGUAGUUUGCCUGUUUCACAUAUAAAGAAGUAUCUUGUUCAGAAGCUGGGUCUUGUCAGUGAGGCUGAGGUGGAUAUCUUAUUGCUUGGUCAGCCAGUGGCUUCAACGUUGCAGCUGCAUAACUUGGUAGACUGGUGGUCUCAGACAGCUUCAGCAUCUGAAAGAAUACAGACAACCGUAGGCAGUUCAGCUAAAGAUUUUGUAAUGGUUCUCUCAUAUGGUCGUAAAGUCAGCCUCCAAAAACAUCUUGCUACGGCGGCAGAAUUCCAUCUCUUGCAACAGUGAUCUUGGUCCAGGUGGUCGGAAACAGGAGCCUUUUUUUUAUCUAUUUUUCUUGUAAUCAAAGAAUAUUAGACACGGUAGAAACUAUAGAAGUUAUAAACGGACAUAGAAUGUUUAUGAUUAUCUAAUUUGGAUCCACGGGUUACAUUUAAAAACAGCAUAACUAGGGCUCAUGUUACUGGCGAAACAAGUUGGGAUGGCCUUAGAAACGUUUGGCAAUGGCAAUCAUGGGCUAGAAUGGUGAAUUGGUCGUCAUUUUA